AAAAAAAAAAAAGUGCGACCAAUUAAAACACAGCGAAGUUUUUUUUUCACCUCUUUUAUCUCAUUUUUCACCCGUUACCUUCUAGAUAUUUUUUCAACACCAGUUUUAGGAUGUAACCAUUCAAAGGGAAGUCUAAUCGUCCAGUAAAAAUCGUGAUUUUAAUAUAGGGCUACUUGUGCUGUGGUGUUUUAUUUUUCACAUUCGUUUCAGGACAGUAAGUUUUUAAACCCACAGUCUGGGUAUUUUGUUUAGGCUUAACGAAUUUAAAUGUGAAAUACGAAUGUCCUUUUUCAAAACAAGAAUAGGUCAAUACAGCCUUUAAACAAUUUUAAAACGCGGAUAGUUUCAAAUAGAUAAGAAUGAGCUGAAAAAACAAAAAGACUUUGGAAUAGUUGUGCUCUUCAGUCCGGUCGAGUGACCAAUUACGUUGAGCCCUGGACUGACCAAGAAACAAAAUAACGUGAGUAGUAUUCAGUGUUAGCAUAAACCUAGCGUUGUCUUGCCUGGUCUGGACCGUGAGUGGCGAUUGGUCUGUUUCUGUGGUGGAGUGUUAUUUAAUAGAUAUCUAAGUUUCAUUGGAUAACAAAGUGAAUGGUGGACAGCGGAUAAUAGACUUCAUAUUCCAUUUAGGUAUACAAUUUCCUCAUAACUCUUACAGACUAUUUAAUACUAAGACUAAUUAAAUAGCUAAAACAGCCUCGGGAUCUCAACAUCAAGAGGAUUGGGUCUACUGUUCUUGAUUGGUAGAGAUUGACACAGCCUACUACGUUGACCUUGUAGUAGCAGAUGACACGCCAUCAUGUAAAGGUGAUAUCUUCAUUGACAUAUGACCAAGACCUCCGAAAUGUCCAGUGAAACCCCCCAACAGCACCUGCACCCAGCAGAGUUGUUACAGAGGAGAUGGGUCUUCUAGGCAACAUGAAGUUCCGGCACCGCCUGGCGGCAGUGGCCGUCUUCGUCAUGACCUCCUUUGGGAUCUACCUGUACUUGCCUGUGGAAGUGACCCAGCUGGAGCUGCAGAGCCAGCACAAGAGGAUGUUGAUGGGUAGAAGCUUUGGUUCCCAAAUGAAGUAUGCUAGUGAGAAUGCCCCAGAUAUGUGUCAGCUGACCAGAGCCAAUCAUCAUGCCAAUAUUUCAUCCCUUGACCUAUACUUCAAUGCCGAGUACAAUCUCAAGUCAGACGGAGAGUGGGAGUUGCCAAUGCCCUCAGUGGACUACAGAAAGAUUCAGAAUCCCAAAAGACUCAACGUUGUAUUGGUGCCACACUCUCACAAUGACCCUGGCUGGCUAAAGACGGUCAAUGAGUACUUCUCCGACCAGACCCGGCACAUAUUGAACAACAUGGUCAACAAGCUGACACAGUUCCCAAAGAUGACCUUCAUCUGGACAGAGACAGUCUAUUUCUCCAUGUGGUGGAAUGAGCUUGAUGAUGCUGUCAAAGUUCAUGUCCGAAGGUUGAUAAGACGAGGUCAGCUGGAGAUAACAUUAGGAGGAUGGGUCAUGCCUGACGAGGCUAGCACCCAUUAUGUGUCUGUCAUUGACCAGCUUAUCGAAGGCCACCAGUGGCUGUGGGAAAACCUUGGUGUCCGCCCGGAGAACAGCUGGUCUAUUGACCCUUUUGGUUACUCUGGCACUAUGCCCUAUCUCUGGCUAAGUGCUGGCAUGUCCAACAUGGUCAUUCAAAGGGUCCACCAGGCCAUCAAAUCAUCCCUCAUCCAGGAAAAGGCUUUAGAGUUUAACUGGCGUCAGAUGUGGGAUGCCAAGGGCAGCACUGACAUUUUCUGCCAUAUAAUGCCUUACAUGCUUUACAACAUUAAGUACACCUGUGGCCCAAGCCCUUUUGCCUGUGUCCACUUUGACUUCCGGCACAUUCCAGGGGAUUUCUCUGAGAGCAGGGCAAGGGAGAUCACUAAUGAAACACUUCAUGAAAGUGCAGAGCUGCUUUACAAUCAGUACCGUUCUAAAUCUUUCAACUUUAGAUACAACACCAUUCUUGUUCCGAUCGGUGAUGAUUUUAGAUAUGACAAGGAAGAAGAGUGGGACCAACAAUAUGAGAACUAUGAGAAGCUAAUCCAGUACAUGAACUCUAAAUCAGAGUGGAACAUUAAUGUUCAGUGGGGGACCCUCCAGGACUACUUCCAACUUACUAAACAAGAACACACCAAUCAGAAACUGUCUGGUAGUUCAGAGGAGUUUCCUGUAUUGAGUGGUGAUUUUUUCCCCUAUUCAGACCGUGACUCUGAAUACUGGACAGGCUAUUAUUCCACUCGGCCAUUUGAUAAAUAUUUCAGCAGGGAUGUUCAGUCUACACUUCAAGCAGCGGAUAUGCUCAAUACAUUAAACUACAUAUUUUAUCGAAGCUGGAAUUUAAAUUCGGAUCUCAAGUUUUUCCAGCAUUCCUCCUUCUUACAGACAGCUCGGAGAGCCUUAGGUCUAUUUAUGCAUCACGAUGCCAUCACUGGCACCUCCAAGGAGUUUGUCGUAGAGGAUUAUGAACAGUAUCUCCUGAGGGCAUACAACAGCUCUCAGGAAGUCAUAAAACUGACGAUUCAGUCCCUGCUGUCCAAAGGUAAAGUGGAGUCCCCGGUGGUGUUCAGGCCAGAAACAGUGAGAACCACUUACAACACUCUCCCACAGAAGCAGGUCAUUGCAGUUCAGGGUUAUGGAACCACUGUGGCUUUCUUCAAUCCUUUAGCCCAGUCAAGGCGUCAGAUGGUUCAUUUGCUUGUCAACAGUCAGUUUCUAGAUGUGCUUUCCUAUUCUCAUGAGAUCAUUCCAAGCCAGAUUAGUCCCGUCUGGCAUAAAGAAGAAGACGCCACAGUCUCAGACGACAUAUUUGAGCUAACGUUCCUGGUUGAAAUUCAACCUUUUAGUAUUCUACCCUUCGUACUUUACAAGAAAAACCACCAGACUGUGUCUGCGUACUCCUCUACCAUAACUGUUGUCAAUACUGAACAGUUGGCUGUGUCUGCUCUUGUGAACUUCAAGCAGAACCGGCCAGAGCCCCACAGAACCAAACCAAUCACCGUGGACAAUAAGGUCAUCCAGUUGACUUUUGAUGCUAGGACUGGGUCGUUGUUGCAAUUGCUGGACAUGGCGAGUGGGAAUGUUACAGAGCUCAACUUAAGCUUCCUGUUCUACAAGUCGCAAGGUAGCGGGGCUUACUUGUUCUACCCCAGUGGCCAGCCCACUAGUCUGUUUCCCAACAUUCCAGUGAUUCGUGUGUCCGAAGGUCCCCUGGUGACCUGCGUGGAGAUCAGCUACCAGCCUUAUAUCACACACCGUGUGACUUUAUACCAUCACCCGCCCCACCUCACCUCUGCCAUCUUCAUAGAAAAUGUUCUGUCAAUGAGCACACUGAAAAACAAAGAGGUCAUCAUGAGGUUACACACAGACAUCAACAACAGGGAUCUCUCAUUUUUCACUGACCAGAACGGGUUCCAGUUUAUCCGUCGGCGCACAAACCCUAAUCAGCGUGUACAGGCCAAUUACUUUCCCAUGACCUCUGCUGUCUUGUUGGAAGAUGAUGUUCGAAGGCUGACUCUUUUGUCAGCACAGCCCCACGGUGCAGCUUCCCUGGACGAUGGACAGCUGGAGGUCAUGCUAGACAGGCAGCUACUUUUUGAUGACAACAGAGGUAUGGGAGAAGGCGUCAAUGACAACAAGCCUACUGUCAGUAAAUUCGUCAUCAUGGUGGAGCAUCGGUCAUCACCGAAAUGGUCAUCAUCCCACUAUAGUAGUCUUUCUCUUCAGGCCAUGUCUUUUAAUGACAUGCUCCAGCAGCCGUUGUUGACCUAUUACACCACCAUAGACUCUGAAGUAUUCUUCCGCAGCAUCACUCCCCUCGCCACACCCCUCUCCUGUGACUUGAGUAUUGUGAGUCUCCGUAGUCUAGUCACUGGAAAUCUGAACUACAAUGGCACAAGUGUCAUCCUCCAUCGGCGAGGUUAUGACUGCGACUUCCCCCAGCCUGACCUCCAGUGCCAGCCAUCAGAGACAGAGCUUUCAUUUGACAAUCUCUUUCAGGAAUUCAGUUUUUCUAACAUUUAUGAGACCACUCUGACCCACACUGUUCUAAAACGGCCAGUGAAUCCAAAAGAAAUACUCAACAUUUCUCCAAUGGAAUUAAUGGCAUUUCAUGUACAGUUUUAGUUUGAAACUUUUGACUAAAGUAGCUAGAAACAUUUAGCCUCUUUACUCCUUUUAACCAACAGAAUCUUAAUUCAACAUUCCAUCGCUAGUCAUCAGUUUCACAGCUAGCUGCCACUUCUGUCAAUUUUAUGUGUAGCAAAUUUUCUUUAAAAAAAAAAGGUAGAAUUUAAGAUGAAUGCAAUUUCUGUUGUAACAUUUAAACCCAAUGUUUUUCUUUAAAUUGAGGCGGUUAGUUUAGACCAAUAGCGUGUUGCCAUAUCACAGGUCUUUCCAACGUGGCAAUGAGCUAUUGGUCUCCACUGCCCACAGGUUGCGAUGUUGCAGACCAGUGUUGAGGCCUUCUUUAAUGAAUGGUCUCGCCAAACACACACCCCUUUUGAAGGAACAUCUGUAAUUUAUUACAUAAGAUAAAAGUUUGUUUUUAUUUAGACAUUUCUUGAUUGACUUUCUGGAAGAGGCCAAAUGUUUCUAGACUACAAUUCUUAAAUUAUAUUUUCCUAACAUUCCCAGAGUUUGUCGUAUUAAGUGUGUAGCUUUGUACAGUGGUUUAUACUGAUGUCUAGACUAACAUUGACUUUCAACUUGGUGGCCUAUAGAGUUUAUUUUUGUAUAUAUGACUUAAGACAACAAAUUUAUGUGUUGUGGAUAAAUUAUUUUGAGAUGCUAUCAAAUCACCUUACUGUAAUUUUUAGUCACUAUUUUUUUUUAAAACAUUAAAUAAAAAGUUGGAUUCAAAUAGAAAAAAAACAAAAAUUUCUGGCUUUAAAAAAUAAAGACGUUGCCGGGAAAUGCUAGAUUUUUUUUUUUCAAUUUGUUAUUGCUAAUUGCCAGGAUUUUUCAAAAAAUAGAUGUCAUUAACAAGAUAGUUUUUGUUAAGAUCUAAAUAUUAAUAGUUAAUUAUUAAUUAAUAAUAAUUAAUUAAUACUCAUUAAUAGUAUUAAUAGUUCUUUGUGGUGGUGUCAGUGCUAUUAUUCUUGUAGUCCAUUUGAAGCUUAAGACUUCUCAUGGACUGAUCAUGAAAUCAGUUUGUUAUGGUCAACAGUGUGAUGUAUCUGCCACAUGUGUAGCUGUUUCACGUCACAAUCUUUUUGUAUAUUUUCUUUUUAUUAUUUCCUGUACAUACAUACUUCAUGCUAUAUGAGUCAAACUGGAAGGAUUCCAUUAAGGUCAUUCAUUUUAUGUUUUUGUUGACUUUCAAUAGUCUAUGGCUUGAAGACAACACUGUGUUCUAGUAUACAUUAUGUCUAGCCAGUCUCCUUUAUGACUCAAGCAUUACCUAGACAUGUUUGAGAGUCAAAUACCAGGCUUGUGUCUAGUUCCAGGCUUGUGUCUAAUUCCAGACUUGUGUUCACUUCAACUGUUAAAAACCACAUUUGUUCACGUCACUAUUUUAAUAGUUGGAGAAAACCACAAUUUUAGGAAUCUCACUUUUUUUACAAUAUUUCUAUGCCUAUAAUUUAGCAACCUUCUUCGUUAACAACUUUGAAAGAGUUACAUUGAACUUAACAGUUUAACUCUCGAUUGAAUUGAAAUGAGAAUUACCCACGAACUGGUUGAUACAUUAGUUUUUAGCUAAAGAUUUUGUGACUUGUUCGUUUGUUAGUUAAGACUUUGAGCACAUGCUUAGAAUAGUGUCAGUGAUCAUUCAUUCAGUUGGUUGUUAAUACUUUCUGACUAAAAUGGGAAGGUCUGGGUGAGUGAGGGCUGUGGUGUUUAAAGGUGAGGGUCUGUAGCAGUGCUGGGUAUGGUGUUUAAAUGUUAGCGUCUGGCCAAAUGUGUGUGUUUGUGUGGGGUACAUGGUGUGGAAAGUGAGAAUCAGUAUGAUCAAGGGUGUGGUAUUUCAAUACGAGGGUCUGAGUGAUCUCCUGAGUGAGCUGCUGACAUUUUAAUUGAGCACAUUCAGUGGAUAGUUGGAUGAAACUAUGUCUAAGAUACAUUUGUACCAGUUUUCUCUGUAACAGCUACACAGAUCUAUCUCUUCUUUCCAGAACGAUUGUUGUCAGAGCUUUUCUAAUAAUGUGACUUUAAACAUUUCUACCCGUCUUCUCUGUAACAUCUACACAGCACAGAUCUAUCUCUUCUUUCCAGAACGAUUGUUGUCAGAGCUUUUCUAAUAAUGUGACUUUAAACAUUUUUUAAAUUUUUAAAAUCUUUCUUUAUAUUUAUACCAAUGUAAUUUAUACUCCAAGACUUGUAAAUUGUUUGUGAAUGACGACAAAUCUAUUUUCUAGAUUGACUGGCUUCUACUUGCAGUGAUUUAAACCUAACUUGUUAUGGCUGUUACCUUUGUUUUCCCUAGUAAAAGUUGCAACAGUAAUAUUGGUCCAUAUAUAUUUUCAGAUGAAUAGUGUGGCCAGAUUUUCCUUACCUGAGCCUGUCCAAGAAUUUUUUGUUAUUCCCAAAUUUGACCUAUUUUAUUGAACACAAUAUUUGUGAUGAUUAACUUCAGUGUUUGUUCUACUUUUGUAAAUCAAAACUUGGAUUUAGACAAUAAAUGAAUUGAAAAAACAUGAAUACAAGUUG